AUGGCGAGUUUCCAUGUCGCCGACGCGUCGGAGUACCUGGCCAUCACCGGUUGGGGCAUCGAGGACGUCAAGCUGGCCAAGAAGGCGUGGGUGUUUGCCGGGCAGCAGUGCAAGAAGUUCUGCAUCUCGCCGGUGAACUACGAGAUUGACGUGCACGCCAUGAGCUCCGAGAAGCUGCCCUUCAUCCUCCCCGCGGUCUUCACCAUCGGCCCAAAGAUCACCGCCAGCGGCGGCGCGGAGGCGGACAAGAAGGAGCUCGAGAAGCAGCUCCUGCUCUACGCGAAGCUCAUCGCCCCGCUGGACACGUCCACCAGCCACGUCCACGAGCUGGUCAAGGGGAUCAUCGAGGGCGAGACACGCGUGCUGGCCGCGGAGCUGACCAUGGAGGAGAUCUUCAAGGGCACCAAGUCGUUCAAGUUGCAAGUCUUCGACAAGGUGCAGCUGGAGCUCAACCAGUUCGGGCUCAUCAUCUACAACGCCAACGUGAAGCAGCUGGUGGACGUGCCGGGGCACGAGUACUUCUCCUACCUCGGCCAGAAGACGCAGCAGGAUGCGGUGAACCAGGCCAAGGUGGACGUGGCGGAUGCCCGGAUGAGGGGAGAGGUGGGCGCCAAAAAGAGGGACGGACUGACCCGGCAGAACGCCGCCAAGGUGGAUGCCGAGACCAAGGUGUUGUCCGUGCAGCAGAUGGGUCAGGGGCUCAAGGAGGAGGCCAAGGUGAAGGCCGAGGUGCAGGUGUUCGAGAAUGCUAGGGAGGCGGACAUCGCUGCGGCCAAGGCCGAGCUUGCCAUGAAGAAGGCAGGGUGGGACAAGCAGGCCAAGGUGGCCGAGGUCGAGGCAGCCAAGGCCGUCGCCAUCCGGGAGGCUGAGCUGCAGAUGGAGGUGGAGCGCAAGAACGCGAUGCGCCAGACUGAGAAGCUCAAGGCCGAGCAACUCAGCAAGGCCACCGUAAAGUACGAGACACAGGUUCAAGAAUCAAAUGCACAAUUCUACAGCAGGCAGAAGGCGGCGGAGGCUGCCCUGUUCGAGCAGAUGAGGGCGGCCGACGCGCGCAAGGCACAGGCCGACGCCAAGUUCUUCGAGCAGAAGAUGGGCGAGGACGCGAGGCUCUACGCGAAGCAGAAGGAGGCGGAGUCGCUGGCUUUAGUCGGCAAGGCCAAGUCGGAGUACGUGGCGUCCAUGCUCCAGGCUCUGGGCGGCAACUACCACGCUCUCAGGGACUACCUCAUGAUCGACGCCGGCAUGUACACCGAGAUGGCUCGCAUCAACGCGGGCGCAGUCAACGGCAUGCAGCCCAAGAUCAGCAUCUGGAGCAACGGUGGUGGUGCGGACGGCACCGUGAACGCCGGUGGGGAGUCUGCCGCCGGCAAUGCGCUGCAGCAGAUGUCCGGGGUGUUCAAGAUGCUGCCGCCGCUACUGUCGACGGUGCACGAGCAGACGGGGAUGGGGCCACCGGCCUGGUUGGGUACGCUGCAAAAGGACGAUUCUGCGGGCAAAAUCGAGUAA